CAUUAGCCAAUUGAUCGCAACGCGAGGGGCAUUCGUAAGACUGACACUGAACAAGCGAUACACCAUGCUGUUGAGGAAAGCUCUGCUGGCGCUCGCCGUGUGCGCGCUGCUGCUGCCCGCCGACGGCCGGCGCGGCAGGACGCGCUCCAGGAACAAGUCCAAGGUGCAAAUCGGACUGCCGAUUACGGGCAAAUACAGAGAUCCCGAGUCGGACCAGUACUACAACAACAAUGAUGGGGCGAAGAUCCUGCUGGCGUCGCACUUCGACUUCGAGUACGUGCUGGGGCACAAGAUCGCGUUCCUGUGCACGGCCAAGGGCAAGCCGCGCCCGCAGAUCACCUGGUUCAAGGACGGCGUCGAGAUCUUCGCGCACCACAACUUGCACAUCCACGAGUGGCUGAUCGACGAGGACCGCGUCAAGUCGAAGAUCGAAAUCGACCCGGCGACGCAGAUGGACGCCGGCGUGUACGAGUGCACCGCCGACAACAUGUACUCCAUCGACCGCCGCUCCUUCAAGACCGACUUCUCCAUCGCCUUCGACUAGCCCCACCCCCCACCACCCACCCCCGCUCGCGGGCAGCCCCUCACACAUCAUCCCCAUAUCUCUAUUGUCUAAGUAAACUCAACCUAUACGCCCCUUCAGCUCGAAUGACUCCUCUGCAGUCCUGACUCCUGACUAACUUAGCCUGUAUCAUCUCUGUAUAAUAUAAGACACCUCCCAUUAUGUUACGUAAAUCUUGGUCAUUUAGAAGUAUGAUAUCCAAGACAGCUUUCCGAAUGAUCUGCAAUAACAAAGCUAACCAAACCCUAGAGUUGAAUCAUUGUUUGUUUAGCCUAAGUAAUAGUUUUUACUAAAAAUAGUUAUGUAUGCUAGAUAUAAAGAUACGCACAUUUCGAAGCGAUUCUGUUUUAUAUAUGUAUUUAUGAAAAAAUAUAUAGUAAUGUAAUUUUACAUUUAUUUAGUUUGUUUGAUAAGUAGUAUAAGUAGAACAAUAGCAUAGAAAUAAGCAAACAGCGUAAGUAAACAUUUAUAUGCAUACUUCAAUGUUCAAAAAGAUAUUUUAGUGUCAAGUAAGAUCAAAAACCAAAUUUAUUUUUGUUUAUUUCGGAUAAAGUUAAAUAAGUUAUUUAUUUAUUUAACAUAUUAACUGUAGUUAUAUUCGUUGUUAUAAUGUAUUCUUAUAAUUAACUAAUUUUAAGAUGUAUGUUUAGUCUCGCAUAAAGAACAAAUAUUCAUAUUGUUAGAGAAAGAACUACACUGUAUAUUAAAUAUUUUAAAAGCCACACGUGGAAGAGUAGUCUGUACGUGAAGCGCACUCUAACUCAAC